AUGGGUCUGGCGGGGAUGAACUACGGUAAUUUGAUUCAACCUGUUAUGUGCAAUGCGGGUUUCAGUGUGGAGGAUCCGAAUAGGAAGGUCCGGAAGCCGUAUACUAUAACCAAGUCAAGAGAGAGCUGGACUGAGGAAGAACAUGACAAAUUCCUCGAAGCCCUUCAACUAUUUAAUCGCGAUUGGAAAAAAAUUGAAGCAUUCGUGGGGUCAAAGACAGUUAUCCAGAUUCGUAGCCAUGCUCAGAAAUAUUUUCUGAAGGUCCAGAAGAAUGGAAUAAGUGAACAUAUACCACCCCCACGUCCAAAGAAAAAACCAGCCCAUCCCUAUCCACUAAAGGCCCCUAAAAAUGUUCUGUCCCCAGCUACUGGAGCUUUGCAGUCUUCAUCUUAUCUGCUUGAGCCCAAAAAUGUUGUGAGGUCGGAUUCAUUUUCUGUACCUAGAAAUGAAAUUGCUGGUGCCGCUUUGUCAUCUUGGACAAACAAUGUAUCGGCAACAGGAAAUAUCUCAAAUAAUUCAAAUGGGUUUACCAUGACACAUAAGUAUUGCAGCACCACAACCAAAAGAACUCCUUGGGUGUGGACAACUAAUGAGACAACUCCCCAAGUAAGACAGAAACAAGGCAAGCCAGUGAGAGUUAUGCCCGAUUUUGCUCAAGUUUACAGAUUUAUUGGCAGUGUCUUUGACCCAAAUUCAAGUGAUUACUUCCGAAGGCUAAAGAAGAUGGACCCCAUAGAUGUUGAUACGGUGCUGAUGUUGAUAAAAAAUCUAACUAUCAAUUUGAGCAGUCCUGAAUUUGAGGAUCACAGGAGGUUAAUAAUGUCUCAUUAUUGGGAUAGAGAACAAUAG